AUAGCUACUACCUAUCGUCUGUCGAACUUAAUUGCCGAGAACCAAUACUGAAGUUUCGUUCGACGAGGACAGUUGACGUUCAAAUUAAAUUGCUCGUUCAGUCCAAUAUUAAUAACGACACUCUACAAUGACGAUUGAAAGCAAAUUGUUUAAUCUGUGUAUUGAUGAGAGUCCACCCAGGAAUGAACCAUUAGUAGCCAAGUAUAUGAGGAGUUUUGCUUUUCCUGUACUAUCGAAACUAAGUCCAUUUAACAUAUCCAAGACAGGUAGUUACUUAUCAGCAAAUAAGAAUGUAAUUUUACAAAAAUAUGGAGCGGAAGCUGAAAAUGAUAUUACAUCAGUUUUGGAAAAAUUGGAUUCUUUAAUAUCAGAUAUUUUAAGUAAUUCACCAUUUAGAGAAUUAAGUUCUGAUAACAUAGAUGUUAAAAUUUGGAAUAAAAUUCUCGAUGAUUUUUCGGAUCAAGAUGGAAGUCGGCCAACUUGGAUGUAUACUAACUGGUUGUAUACUGAAUGUUAUAUACAUCGUCGUAUAUUUGAAGCCUUUGAAACUAGUACAUUCUUAAAAAACUAUGAUCCAUUCUAUGAGCAAAAAAUGAAAGCUUUAUCGCAUUGUGAAGGAGCUAUGGAUAUUUUGGGAAAAUUCCUAAUCAAAUAUUUCAAUAAAAACGAUGUUCAGUUAAAAAAUCUUCGUGAAGACUUACCGAAAAUCAUCAAGUGUGCUUUGUGGGGAAAUCGUUGCGACCUUUCACAAACUGGUGGUGAUGCUAUUGCACAAACUGAGAGCCCGUUAGAUUUGGUUGAAUCAUUACAAGAUCUUAUGCUUGCUGACGAAUCAUCUAAAAUAGUUGAUUUUUUAUUUACUUCACUCAACGAAUCCAAAGACAACAAAAUUUUAGAUAUCAUAUUGGACAAUGCGGGCUAUGAACUUUUCACGGACUUAUGUUUAGCUGAUUAUUUGGUGACAUAUAAAUUCGUAAACACUGUACGGUUUCAUGGAAAAGCUAUACCAUGGUUUGUAUCUGAUGUAACCAGUCAGGAUUUCACAGCUACUAUAAAUUGUAUAGCCCAUACAUCUAAGAGUGAAACAUUAAAGGAAUUAGGCAAGCGUUGGGAAGGUUAUUUUAAAUCAGGUCAAUGGACAUUUGAAAGUGAACAAUUUUGGACAUUGCCAUUCAACUUUGGUCAAAUGAAAUCAUUAGAUAAUGAAUUAUAUUCCAAACUUUCGGAGUCAUUUUUAAUCAUAUCCAAAGGAGAUCUUAACUAUAGGAAACUAGUUGGAGAUAUAUUUUGGGAGCCUACAAUACCUUUUACUCAAGCAGUGGGCAGUUUUAAGCCUUCUAAAUUACUAGCAUUAAGAACAUUGAAAUCGGAUAUCACUUGUGGCUUAGCAGAAGGUUUAGCAGAACAUAUAUCAAAAAAUGAUCCAGACUGGUUAAAAAUCGGCAAAUAUGCCGUUAUUCAUGUAGAUGGUCUUUAAAAUGUAGUAUUAUCUAUAUCGUGAUUAAAAACAUAUAUUAUUAAUUUAGAUAAAUUAGAAAAUUAUUGUUAUCAAGAAUUAAAACAUGUAAUCAAAAUAUAUUGAAUUUUAAUUAGUUAUUAUACUGAUUACACAUUUUAUGGUGAAUAUAUUAUAUUAUACUAGCUUAAGUUAUUAUUAGCUUAUAUACCAACUUAUUACAUGCUAAAUCAUAUCUAUAUAUAGACUAUAGAUAAGAAAAUAUAAAUAGCAACUUUUAAUAUUUGUCUUAAAUUUAUAUUUCAAGUUAAAUAUAUACUCGUAUGUUUUAAAAUGUUUUACAAUUUAUUAAAUGUAAGUAGUGAAUUUUAGAAAUUAUUUUAAUUUCUGUUUUUUGAAUAUUACAAUAUUAUACAUAUUAUAAAA